CGCGCCUUUACCAAAUAGCGCCAAAUGCCCACCCACGACGGGCCAAUCCAGGAGUGAAGCCGUACCGUACCCACGUGUCGCCGUUAGCUCCUCUGCACUCCUUCUUUUUUAGCGGGCUUUAGUAGCUGUAGAAAAUGGAGGCCGAAAGCCAGCAAACCUCCUCAGGAACCUCAAACGAGAUCCCGAAUGACCCCGGGAAAAUGUUCAUCGGAGGUUUAAGCUGGCAGACUACACCAGAUGGCCUUAGAGAGUAUUUUAGUAAGUUUGGCGAGGUAACUGAAUGUAUGGUGAUGCGAGACCAAGCUACAAAACGUUCUAGAGGAUUUGGUUUUAUUACGUUCAGGGAUCCCGCCAGCGUAGAGAAGGUGUUAGCACAGGCAGCGCACGAGUUAGACCAAAAGAAGAUUGACCCCAAAGUGGCUUUUCCUAAGAGGUCUCACCCUAAGAUGGUCACAAGAACAAAGAAGAUAUUCGUUGGGGGGUUAUCGGCAAACACAACAGCUGACGACAUCAAGAACCACUUUUCUCAAUAUGGAAAGGUAGAAGAAGCACAGCUCAUGUUUGAUAAACAGACUAACAGGCAUAGAGGAUUUGGAUUUGUAACUUUUGACAGUGAAGACGUAGUUGAUAAAAUAUGCGAGAUACACUUCCAUGAAGUCAACAGCAAAAUGGUGGAAUGCAAGAAAGCUCAACCCAAGGAAGUGAUGUUCCAGGGAGCACUAGCACGUGGUAGGGCAGCUAUGAGGGGAGCCUACGGGAUGUAUGUGUACCCUCCCAACUUUGCUGCCUAUGGGCGUGGCUUUCCUGGAUAUGCUCCUGGAUUUGCAUAUCCAUUCCCUGGAUUCCCUGGUUAUGGCUAUAUGCCUCAGCCUGCACCUCUACCCCCUCCGACAGUGGGUGGUGAUCGGCGUACUCCUGGCGCACCUCCCUACUCCUACGCAGAUUAUGGCUCUGCUGGUCCAGCUCCUGCAGCAGGAGCUGUGUUAACUCGUGGCACAGUGCCCAGAACAGAGGCCUCUGCUAUGCAUCAGCAUGACUAUGGGCGGGAGUACCAACAUGCAGUGAUAAACAGCUAUCAGAGUUUUGGCCCUCCAGCCUCACCAGCCAGCAGCAGGGCCUAUCACCCUGCUAACAGCACUAGCCCUGGACCCAUUGAUAUCUACUCAGGCAGUCAGGGAGAGAGUGCAGGAGGCUACUUGCAGGCUGCUAGCCCGCAGCCAUCUGGUUUUGGACCUUCUAUUGCAGCCGUCAGCUCGAAGCCUGCAUCUAGCCUCCUCUGCUAUCACCCAGACAUGCUAAAGGGCCCCCUGUUUGCAUCGACUUUUCAUAAUGGCUAUCCCUGAUCUGCUUGGCAUCCUAAAUAAGAGGCUGGUUUUAGCAGUAGUAUCGGCUAUGGAGCAAUCCAGGGAAGGAAUUUCUAACUUAGGAAACUGCUAUUCUUUUUACAACAACAACAACAAUCGUCAGCUCACUGCCUUUUUUCUACAUGUGACAAACUACUAAUCCAGACUGAAUAUAAAGCUCUUAAAAAUAAGGAGUAAUAUGCAUGUAUGUCAUCCAUGGAAUUUUUUAAAACUACUUUUAUUCAUUUAAUCUAUCCAGUUUUGUGGAUCUAUAAAGCUCUUUGUGAAUCCAUGAGAAAACAGCUCUAUUUGAUUUUGGGUUGAUUUUCUAUGAAAUUCUUCUAAAUUUAAAGACACUACAAAUAUACACAUGCCUAUAUCCAUGGUAAUGUUUCUUUGUUUCAACACAAUCACUAUGUAUUAUACUAUUUUAAUGGGUAAAUGGUAAGAUAAGGAUUUUUAAUUAAUUUUCUUAAUCAUUAGCUUUUUAGAUGUGUAGUGUAAUUGUUUCUUAGUCGUUAGAUGUGUUUGAUUAGUAAAUAUUCUUAUUUGCUGUUUUAAUAUGAAUUACAAUUUUCAUUCAAUAAUGGGUCAUAUAGAGGUAUAAUUAAGUCCUUCAAUGUGAUUUAAUAAUUUCAUUUUUUUUUUAAUUUUACCACAAUUUUAAAUACUUUAAAGAUUUGACUCCUCACAAUCCUUAAAAAAAAAAUGACACAAAUUCCUAAGAAAGAGAAAAGGUUACUCUAUUUUUUUGUACACAAGGUCUUAUCCAUGCAGCAACUUUUUAAAAAAAAUACUACUUAUGUUACCAUUGUAGUUUUUGUAAGAUAUGUAGUGGUGAAUCGAUGAGAGCCUCCAAAAAAUGAAGCUCUAUAUUUUGACAAACCAAAGCUUCGUUUAAAGAGGGCUUUAUAUAUACACAUUACACAAAAUUUAAAGAGUCACAGUUCAGCUGAAGAAAAACCUUGAUGACUGUGACAGGAUGUAUCUAUGUAAAUUUUUAUUGUAUCUAUGCUGUUUAAAGUGUGUUGUAGUAAUGGGAAUGAUCAGUUCUCCAGCAGGAGUGUAAUUGCGGUGUACUUAAAAAAAAAUCAUAAGUUUAUUUUGAUAAGAGCAAGAGUGUUAAUGUCACGUAUGUAUGUAUGUAUAAAGACAGACCUUGUACAACAGGUUGACCAUCUACAAGCUGGAGUUGCUAGAUGGCUAAGGCAUGUAGAACACUGGAAACAACUAUCAUUAACCUGUUCACACUGGAGGAAAAUGUCCCAAUUUAAUGCUUAUUUACUGGACAAGAACAGAGUUGCAGUGUUACCUCGGCUAUGCUUUUUAAUGCAGUGGGAACUGUUUCAAAAUGUGUAGUAAUACUUGAAUUAUGGAAACGUAGUACUUAGAAAGUACUGAAGUACAGUUUUUUCUGAAGAAUAGCCACAUGUCAUUUCAACAAUUUGGGUUCUAAGCACUACUUGUGAAAUGUCAUCCACAAAAAAAAAAAAAAACUUUGUAUUGCAUAACAAAGUUCUUCGGUACUUCAGUUAUAGCAAGAUCUCAAAUUCUCAAAAUUAGUUAAAUUAACAUUCUUGCUCAAAAGAUUUAUUUUUACAGUAGCAACCAGAGGGAACACUGUAAAUCUGAGGGCACCAACCUGCCUUACUCAAAAGUGUAUAAAUUUGUAAAUUGUCACUCAAAGACGUUUCCUCUAGCGAUAACAAGGCUAAUACCGUCUGUACUGAUACUCAUGGAUACCCAUUAAAUGAUUAUAACCCAUAGGAUUUUUUUUCUAUACAUACUAUUGACUAUACAUUUAGAAUGAUCAGCUAUCCAAUUUCUUGUAGUAUAGCUCAGUGUUCUUUCAAACCCCAACAGAAAAGAAAGCUGUAACUUGGUACAAUACGGAAUAUCUCAUUUACUAUUUCAUGGAAUUAUUUACUUCGUUCAUUAAGAGAUAUUUUUUAGAAUGCUGAAUGUAGUGGAAGACCAUGUUAUGACAUUUACAGAUUAGUUUUUAGGGAUUUGACAGAACACUAUGCAGGCCUGUCCAGUUAAUAAUUUAUUAAUAUUCAUUCUUUACAAAGAAUAUUUUAUGAUCAUACAAUUGUGAAAAAACAGGAUGCUUAGUAGCGAUGGAACAAAUACUUUUUUUGUUUUUAAGUAUGUUCAAAAUUGUUUGGUUAAUAAUGGAUAGUAAAUUAUUAGCGAUAUAAUCGGCCAUGGUUUGAAUAUUUACCAAAUGACAGUAUGAAGUCCGCUAUAUGGUUGGUGUCGCAUCUUUGCAAACAAUGUUGUGUGGCAAUAUAUUCGGUUGUUGCUAGAGUGUAGGCACUCUCCAGAACAUGAAGUGUCUUUCUGGCAGGUACCUACACUCUGGCUUAACUUUUUAAAAUGACAAUUACUGGUCAGCCCUCUGACCUAACAAUACAAAGAAUCUACCUUUUUGAGCCGCAAUAUUUCUUUUAUCAGUACUAUUUUACAUCAUGAAAUUAAUGGCCAAAAUUGUGAACAAUUUCAGCUUUUUUUUAUUAUUUUUUAUUUGGAAAACUGAAUUUCAAACAUGCAUCCCUAUGGAUAUUUUGGAAGAACUUGCCCCUUUUUGUUUUAACAAUAUUUUCUUUAGAUCUCUGAUAUUAAAGAUUGUAUUUUGAAUAAACAGCUGGAUUUUUAGAAGACAUUGCUACAAUGAAUUGUUACCACACAUUUUGGAUACCAAGUUUUGUUUUUGACAACUGAUAUGUUUGCAAUAUCGUAAAUAUGGAGUUUAUAUUUAUUACUUAUUACACAUUGUAAUUACAAGUUAUUGGCACUGACAUGGUAAGGAUUGAAUUGUGAACUUUUUCUCUGAUUCUUGAAAUUCAAUUCUUCCAUCGAGUGAUCCUGACUUCAUUGUGAAGUUAGUCAAUGGGCUUGGCUGGAUCAAACCAGGAACUUGUCCAUGGAGGUGGAAGGGUUGAUUUGUCAAUCAACGGCAACAAAAUAAUUUCGCUACAAAAUGCAAAAAAAAGGUUGUAGCUCUUGUUCUCAUUACCCCAUUUCCAUGUUAGAUGACAAAAAAGUUAUCCGCGUUAUCUGGAGUGAAGACUGUGGAGCUGCCUUUCUUAUGGAUGCAAAUUUUUAAAAAUUUGACGGGUACUCUGCAGAUAAAGCAAAUGUGCUAAUAUAUAAGAACUUCAGGGAAUUAUAAUAAAAAUUGUAUUGUGAAUUUUUCUCCAUGUCAUGUAAUAAUACUUCAAUAUUUCUCACAUUUAUUAAGUGUGUGAUACAUGGCUUUAAAAGCCUGUCAUUUUUAGCUCUGCCUUGUGUAAUUUUUUAACUGUGACGGUCAGUGUACAUGCUGCAAAUAUCUCUUUAAUUCCAGCGUGUCGUGUUAUUGAUAGUUGUGUUCUUUGUCUCCAUGAGUGUCAGUGCUUAUGCAUAGUGUUGUGUAUUAUGGUAAUUUGAUUAAAAUGUAAUAGAAACAAUGCCGCAAGUGUUGCAGGCAAUGUCUGCUAUAUUUUAGCUAUAUCUUUAGAUGUCAGCAGUUCAUUUAAAUUGAAGUGUUGCAGCAUAUUCAUGUAUGAAUGAAAAAGACAUAGAUUUUACCAAAGCUGAAUUUUUAAACUUUUACCGACAAUAAGAAAACAAGUGCCGGAAAUCAGGGUACCAUAGCUUGUAUAUGAAAAGUAAGUUUUUAUUUUCAUUUAUGAAAACUAUGGGUUGGUAUCUAGGACAGAUAAUGUUGUGGUACAUAAAAAAGGUAGAUCUAGAAAGUACAAACUGUUUAUGCUCUGGAUGUACUGCUUCAUCAUGCCAGGUUUCAGUGAGAAAAUAUUGUGGCUCAAAGUCACUUGCUAGAUUUUUUACUAGUGUAAAGUAAAUUUAUUGUAGCAUGACUUACAAGAUCUGUAAUACGCUAUAAGCAACCUAGACGAGAUCUCAACAAUUAUUUAUUUUCUGUAUCUCAUUGAGUGAAGCAGUCCUCCAGAACCUGAUCAUGGUUGUACAAAAUUUGGGGAAAUAUUUUUGACAGCAUCCAGUACUAUGAGUUUGAAUUGUGUCUCUGAUUUUUUCUGAGGCUUUACACCUAUUAAAAAAAAUGCCAAUAUUUUGAUAUUUUGGAAUUGCGGUGUGCAGAAUUGUCCACACUGUGGCAUUGUUUCUAAUUACUGUGAAUUUGUAGCUGUACUGGAUAAACAACACAUUGUAUGUUUAUUAAACAUGUCUGUAAA